AUGGCAGACGUAGUUUUAGGUUCUCAAUGGGGUGACGAAGGUAAGGGUAAGUUGGUUGACUUAUUAUGUGAUGACAUUGAAGUUUGUGCAAGAUGCCAGGGUGGAAAUAAUGCAGGUCAUACCAUUGUUAUUGGUAAAACCAAAUACGAUUUUCAUAUGUUACCUUCAGGUUUGAUCAAUAAAAAAUGUCUCAACUUGGUUGGUUCGGGUGUUGUCGUUCAUUUACCUUCUUUCUUUGAUGAACUAAAGAAGAUCGAAGACCAAGGAUUGGAAUGCAGAGACAGAUUGUUUUUAUCUUCAAGAGCACACUUAGUUUUCGACUUUCACCAAAGAGUCGAUAAGCUUAGGGAAGCUGAAUUGAGCGGUAACAAGAAGUCCAUUGGUACUACCGGUAAGGGUAUUGGUCCAACCUACUCAACAAAAGCUUCAAGAUCGGGUAUUAGAGUUCAUCACUUGGUUAGUGAUGAAGAAGGUGCUUGGGAAGAAUUUGAAACCAAGUUGAGAAGAUUGUACAAUACAAGAGUUAAAAGAUACGGCGAAUUUGAAUACGACAUUGAGGGGGAACUGAAUAGAUAUAAGGUUUUGAAAGAGCAAAUCAAGCCAUUUGUUGUUGAUUCUGUUGAAUUUAUGCAUGAUGCUUUACUAAAGAAAAAGAAAAUUUUGGUUGAAGGUGCCAACGCUUUAAUGUUAGACUUGGAUUUUGGUACUUAUCCUUAUGUCACUUCUUCCAAUACUGGUAUUGGAGGUGUUUUAACAGGUUUAGGUAUCCCGGCAACAGCCAUUAGGAAUGUUUAUGGUGUUGUUAAAGCUUAUACCACAAGAGUCGGAGAAGGUCCAUUCCCAACUGAGCAAUUAAAUGAAGUUGGUGAGAAAUUACAAGAUAUCGGCCGUGAGUUUGGUGUUACUACCGGUAGGAAGAGAAGAUGUGGCUGGUUAGAUCUAGUGGUUCUCAAAUAUUCAACUUGGAUCAAUGGUUACACUUCUCUGAAUAUCACAAAAUUGGAUGUUUUAGAUUCUUUCAAGGAACUUAAGGUUGCAACUGCUUAUAAAUAUAAAGGCGAAGUUCUUAAGUCCUUCCCUGAAUGUCUGAAAGUUCUUGGUAAGGUCGAAGUUGUCUACGAGACAUUACCUGGUUGGGAGGAAGAUAUUACUCAAGUCAAGUCAUACAAAGACCUCCCAGAAAAUGCUAAAAAGUACUUGAAAUUCAUUGAAGAUUACCUCAAUGUUCCUAUCCAAUGGGUUGGUACCGGUCCAGCUAGAGAAUCUAUGCUGGAUAAGCCUGUGAAUUGA